AUGUCUACCUUCACCGCGAUCCGCUUACCGCAUCUUUUGAAUUCCGAGUCGUUUCGAAUGCACUCUCGACCGUAUCAAUGCCAGGGUUUCGGUGGCAUACCGCACGCUGUAGACUACUCGACUUCAGCCACCAUUCCGGCACAGGAGCGCAUGGCACUGCCUCCACUGAAUAUCCUGCCUUCACGAGUGAAUGCAUCUUCCGGCUACUCUCAGAAAGUGGCAGCCUCUCCAGUCUCAACAUUUUCACUCCAGCCUGCCCAAUCACCGUCAAAGAAGCGCGUGCGUGCACUUCCCAACGCCUCCAAGUCUAUCACGCUGGACAUGUUGCGACCUCAUUUCGAAAAGCCGUUGGCAGAAGCAGCCAAUAUUUUCGGCAUUUGUAUGACACUGAUGAAGAAAAUCUGUCGUAAGAACGGCGUGCCACGUUGGCCACAUCGUCAAAUUCGCGGUCUCCGCAAGAGCAUCUGGUCCAUUGAGAAAGCUCUACGUUGUUGCAAGUCUGAGGCUCUACGCAAUUCGUACAACGACCACCUUCAGAAACAACAAGUAAAGCUAAUGACAAUUCUCAAGGGCCCGGCUAGCCCAAGCAGCAAAGCUGCUUUCGAGCGCGUACUGUCUGAACCAUGCUCCCCGAUGAGCGGGUUGUCUACUCCUACUGUAACCGAAAAGGCUCGAGCUGUUCAGAGUUCACCGGUGGAUAGCUAUGCCGCAGCCAGUGCGCUGUUUCAACUACCGACAGCGUACUCGAAAACGCCGAAGAGUUUUUACCAGGUCCAGACCAGUAACAAGUCACCUAAACUGCCGUCAAUCGCGUCGCUUCUGAUAAAGAAAGAUGAACCUCGCCCCAACUUUAACUACAAGUUCUAA